AUGGAUUAUGAAAUGGACAUCGAGCCUACAGGGCCCCAGGUCACAGUGCGAGAGGCCGAACCCUACCGAGUCGAUUUCAAACUCAGCUCCGUCGAUCUCGCCUUCGCCAACUCUCUCCGCCGAACUAUGCUUGCUGAAGUCCCCACUAUUGCUAUCGAUCUAGUUGAAGUCGAGAAGAACACCUCCGUGCUUCCGGACGAGUUUCUUGCCCACCGACUGGGUCUCAUCCCUCUGAAUUCCAAGAACUGUGACCAGGACUGCGAGGACCACUGCGCGCGGUGCAGCGUGACGCUCACUUUACAUGCGCGCUGCACCGGCGACGACAUUAUGCGCGUGUAUGCGCGGGAUUUGGUGGUCAGUGGCGAGCGGGCGAAUGAAUGGGUCGGGAAUCCGGUUAUCACUGAUCCAGAAGGCAAUGGACCCCUGAUCUGUAAAUUGCGACGUGGGCAAGAGCUUAAAAUGACAUGUAUCGCCAAGAAGGGCAUUGCCAAAGAACACGCCAAGUGGAUGCCCACCGCAGCAGUUGGUUUCGAAUAUGAUCCACACAAUAACCUCAAACAUGUGGAUUAUUGGUACGAAGAAGAUCCUAUUAAAGAAUGGCCUGUCUCUCACAAUGCUGCAUGGGAACACGCUGCUCCCCCGGACCAACCCUUCGAUUACGAUGCGCAACCCAACAAUUUCUAUAUCGAUGUCGAGAGCGUCGGCGUUCUUGAGCCGGAUAUGAUCAUCCAGCAAGGGAUCACUGUCUUACAACGCAAGCUUGCAUCUGUUAUUUCGGCACUGUCUGGCACUGGUGACGGCGACCGCAAUGGUGUUAUGGGUGGGGAGGAUGAAGAUAUGAUGGGUGUACGCAGUCCAGAUGCAUAUGAGCCACCAGAGGGCAUUGAUGGAGGCUUCACUGCUUACGCUAAUGGCGGUGCAAGUGCUUGGGGAGCAAGCGCAGCAACUCCGUAUGGUGCAACUCCAUAUGGAGGUGGUGGGUAUGGCUUUUAAUUGAUUUCUCUUUUCUUUGAGAGAUUAACGUGUACCCAAGCUAUUGAUGGUAGGGGCACAAAAGUGAAAAACCGGGAAGACAAGAAUUAACAGGAAAAGCAUGCCUUCAUAUUCAAUAAUUGCUACUUCAAAGCAUCUGGUCGGAGUUUUAGGUUAGGGAACAGCGGCGCGAAUGGGAUUAUACCGUGCUUAUAUGAGUCGAUGGCAGCUUUGCGUCGAGUUGUUGAAUGUUAUAUUGGCU